AUGUAAUUGAAUUAAUUUUUUUUUCCAGCACCUAAGCCUUAAUACAAUUAAGGGUCUUUUGGAACUAAUUUGAUAUUCAUCAAAAGCAGAGAUAGAAAAGUUCCUUGCUACAUGACGAAAGGCACUUCUAAAAUUUGGAUAAUAUAUUUUCACGGAAAUUCUCAAGAUUUGUAUAUAGACUGAUUAAAAGAAUAGAUAUGGAGCAUCUUAAUUUAUGUAAUAAUUAAAAGGUGCCACUGAAAAAGAUUUCAAUAUAUUAGCAAUAGAAUAUCCUAACUAUGGCCUAUAUAAGGAUGCAGAGCCUACUGAAGAAAAUAUUUAGUAAGAUGCACUUGCUGCUUACGAGUAUAUCGAGAACACAUAAGAAAAUGCAGAGAUUUAUUUGAUGGGCAGGUAGAAUUAUUGGAAAUAUUAGGUCCAUGGGUACAGGUCCUGCUUGCUAUUUGGCUAAUCUCAAUAAAGGAAAAGGUUUAAUAUUAAUAUCAGCAUAUGCUUCAUUCAGCAAAAUAGCUCAUGAAUAUGCGGGUAUUUUUGGAGCCCUAGUAAAAGAUAGAUUUUAGAAUGUGAAUUAUGCAAAAAACAUAACAAUUCCUACACUCUUAAUUCAUGGCCUAGCUGACGAUAUCAUUAAGUAUACUUAAACAAUUGAAAUAUAUGAUAAGUAUAAUUUAUUGUAGACUAGUUUACGCUCAAUUGUAAAGCCAAUAUAUUUGAAUCAGGACAUGACUCAUACUAAAUACGAUAUGAUCAAAGACAUAAGCGAACCCUUAGAAGAUUUCUUUAAUUUAGUAACAAAUAAAUGA